CUUUUCAUUUCUGUGCCUACGAUCUGAACUUGAACUUUUAAAAUAUCUAACAAAAUUGGAUCAUGAAGAGACAUAUUAUAAUUUGGGAAGACUGUGAAGAAGAAAUGCUGCACUAAAUCUCUUGGGCCAUCUGCCUCAUUUGUUCAAUACAUAAUCUGUCUUCGUGGUGGAUUUGUAUUUGGUUAGAUUCCUUGGCAGAAUGGGCUCUUUGACAGUUGCAGAUUUUAAGAAGAAAAUCACGGCUCAUUGUUAUGUAAUAAGUUGAAUGAGCUACCAAACACCUUCGUCGCCAUUUUUUACUCGACCAAGUCUUUCAUUUUUACUCAAGUAAAUUCUCCAAAAUGCACGAUUGUAAGAAGCUUAGCUAACUUGCUACAUCGGCUCACCACAGACUUCUUUGAACUUGGUCGAUUGUUUUGAACAAUUCAUUAUUCUUGGAAUUCAAACUAAACGUCACUUAAUGUGAUUUUUUUAGCACUUAAUCAUGUUCUGAACGUACUUUAAAUUCAUUGGAUCUAAAUAUCGAACCAAAUACAAGUUGAUUAAUAGUCCUUUCUCGGAUAGGUAGUUGUUGGUCACGUCGAUGAUCUAUAUAUUGGUAUGUUGUGUCACGAAUUAUAUCUCAAGUGAUAACAAAAAAUUAACCCAACUUCUAUAGUUCCAAACUAAAGCUUUCUUCAUGGCUCUUCAAUCCUCCAAAAUUUUGGUUGCUACCGCCAAAGUUUUAGAUCAAAAAAUUGUUAGGCGAUCUGCUAAUUACCAUCCUACAAUUUGGAAGGACGAUUAUAUUCAGUCGCUCAAGAGUGAUUACAUGGGAGAAUCAUAUGGUGAACGAGCAGUGAAACUGGUGGGAGAAGUGAAAAUGAUGCUUGACAAAGUGAUGGAUCCUUUGGAGCAACUCGAGCUAGUCGAUGCGUUGCAGAGACUCGGAUUAUCUCAUCACUUUGAGAAUGAAACCAAGAGGAUUUUGGAGUAUGUAACGGCUGACCAUACCAAUUUAUAUGCUACAUCACUUGAAUUUAGGCUCCUAAGGCAGCAUGGGUAUAAAGGAACUCCAGAGGUUUUCUCCCAUUUCAUGGACGAGAUAGGGAACUUGAAGGCAGGUUAUUGUGAGGAUUGGAAAGGGCUGCUGAGCUUGUAUGAAGCUUCAUACCUUUUGUUUGAGGGUGAAAGCAUAUUGGAGAAGGCAAGAGAUUGUGCAGCAAAACAACUCAAAGAAUUUCUGAAGCAGAACAAGGAUGUAUAUAGUGUGUCGAUGCUAGUGGAUCAUGCUUUGGAACUUCCAUUGCAUUGGAGAGUACCAAGGUUGGAAACCAGAUGGUUCAUAGAUGUGUACCAAAAAAGAGACAGAAAUCAGAGUCUUCUGGACCUUGCUAAAUUGGACUUCAAUAUGUUGCAAGCUGUUCACCAGGAUGAUCUAAGACAUGCUUCCAAGUGGUGGAAAGAUCUGUGUCUUGGGGAAAAGUUGACGUUUGCCAGAGACAGGUUAGUGGAGAGCUUUUUAUGGGCUAUGGGCGUGGCAACUGAUCUUCACUUUGGUAAUUGUAGAAGAAUUCUCGCUAAGGUUGGUGCACUAAUAACAAUUAUAGAUGAUAUUUAUGAUGUGUAUGGUACCAUGGAUGAAUUACUGCUCUUCACCGAGGCUGUUGAGAGAUGGGACACAAAUACAAUGGAGUUGUUUCCUGAAUAUAUGAAGCUAUGUUUCCUUGCUCUUUUCAACUUCGUAAACGAAACAGCCUUCGCCAUUCUCAAGGAGCAAGGAUUCGAUACCUUACCUCUCAUGAAGAAAAUGUGGGCAGACCAAUGCAAAGCUAACUUAUUGGAGGCGAAGUGGUAUUAUAAUGGAUAUACACCAACUUUAGAAGAGUAUCUUGAAAAUGGACUGAUUUCCAUUGCCUUUCCUGUAAUACUUUUUCAUGCUUAUUUGGCUACAAAUUCAAUAAGAAAGGAGUGCAUGGAAUGCUUCGAAGAGUGUUCCAACCUAAUCAAGUUUUCAUCUGUGAUAGCACGUCUUGCGGAUGAUCUUGGAACAUCAUCGGAUGAGUUGAAAAGAGGCGAUGUUCCUAAAUCAAUCCAAUGUUACAUGCACGAAACUGGAGCUUCGGAUGAAGAAGCCCGUCAGCACAUACGGGCGUUGAUUGAUGCAUGGUGGAAAAGGCUAAACGAAGAGCGAUUUGCUCAUUCUCCUUUUUCUCAGACGUUUAUUCAAUUUGCAUUGAAUGUGCCAAGGACGACUCAAUGCAUGUACCAGCAUGGUGAUGGCUAUGGGAUUGGAGAUCGUGAGACUAAGGAUCGUGUAUUAGCAUUAAUCGCUUUUCCUAUUCCAUAGAACAAAAUAAUUGGAGGCUAGGUGAUAUAGCAAUCCUUUUGUAGUAACUGUCAUAACGUCUAGAUCC